AUGGUUCACCUGCCCUCCGUCGCUGCGGGCCUCGCUCUCGCCGCCUCAGCAGCAGCUCAAAAGCUCAACACCUGGCCCCAAUACAACCACGGCGGUUGGUACAACCAAACCGAUGGCGAUGUGACUACAUUCGGAUCCCCCGAGAUCACCCCGGGCGGCAGAGCAAGAUUCUCCUUCCUCUUCAACCGUGUCGACCCUCCUUACGCCGGCUUCUACGUUCAGUCAUCUGGCGACUAUAUCACCGACUACACUGUAAUCGGCUACGGUUGGGGCAGGCCGGUGACCAAGGGCCGUGUCUGUGGGGCCAAGGGCAACUUCACUUUCGUACCCCUGACCGGCCUCAACGGCGAGCCGCCCGUCAGUGGGGCCGAUACGCUGUUUCUCGAGGUCACGGCCGCCAAGAAUGGUGCAACCAAGGCCACUAUCAACGAAGUCUGGCCCGUUUGGGUUGGGGAUGAGAUCUUCCACCCGAACAACACCUCGCCGUGUCCGCCUGAGUCUAAGAGGGUUAGACGUUCUGCUUGA